GACGUAUAUUACUAAAUAGUAAACGAACCUGUACGUUUGUGUAAGCAGAGCUACAGACUUUGUAUCUGUAUUAUAUAUACACAUACAUACAUACGCACAUACGCACAUUCGCGAAAAAUCCAAGUAUGCCUCUUGGUUUCGGAGAGAUCGUUAUCAUUGGUUGCGUUGGCGCUACGGUGCUAAUCGGACCCAAAAAGGUCAUCCCACGCCUAGCCGAGACAAUCAAGAUGGCCCGACAAGCCAUGGCCGAGGCUUCCAAGGAAGGUGCGGCAGAGAAUGCGAUCCAGAAGUCCAACGCGUUUAAGACACCCACCCCCCCUCCCGGAGGACCCACCCCCCAGCCACCGCAGCCACCCCCACAAGUACCACAAACACCCCCACGCCACAGCCACCCCAGCCACCGUCUAACCCGCAACCACCCACACCCCCCACCAUCCCUAAUGAAGUACCUGGGCCCAAGGACUUUCCUCCGCCUAAGGGUGUGUGAGGAAUGAAGGACAUGAACGAGGGUUCUAGUCUGUAGGUAAUCUGCUGGAGGGUUGGAUGAUAUGAAGGUGGUUUGUAGGCCAUUGGUGGUCUGGUGCGCAUGCUGGUGUCUGUAGCGCGAAGUGUUCGGAAUGAGGUUCUUAGGUGUCGAUAACUAUAUAUAUUUGUUUGUCUAAGGGUGUAUACACAUCUGCUUCCAUGAUUUCUUAACUGUCAGAGGUUAUUGGAGAAGUCUAUUUUCGUAGUUCGAAACUUGAGCAGGGUGGGUGUAAAUCGAUACGUUGGCGUCGACGAAGGCAUAUGAUGUCACUCACAUAGAUCUCCUUGAGUGAAUGUUAAGAGACUUGGCAUAACCGCCACACAUCUCCUUUAUACAUAGACGCGUAAAUGUGUAUUGCACCAUUUAUAUAUACAUGCAUAUAUAUAUAUAUAUAUACAUGCAUAUAUAUAUAUGUAUGUAUGUAUGUAUGUAUAUGUAUGUAUGUAUAUGUGUAUUUCAUAUAUAUAUAUAUAGUGUAUUUUCUACACGUCGGACGUCUCGUGUAGUGCAACCACAUGACACAUGUAUGGCUCAAGACCACUAUGUCGUAUCAUCCGGAAUACAUCAUAUAUCGAAAUCAAUUCAUAGCGCUGGCUGGCGACAGCGCCAACUUCCUUAAACUGGACUGUAGUCUAUAAAUAAAGGCAUUUAUAACCUA